AUCAACGCUGGCCAGCUACAAUGCAAUUUGCUACUUCAACCGUUUCGGCGCUAUGCUUCCUGUUUGCCAACCUUCCAUCUCUGCUGGGGGCCGCAACGCGCCAUCCAUUGCCUUCACUGCGUUCACACCGUUGGCGCCCAUCACCACUGCCCUGCUCCGACUACGAGAUGCUAAUCAUCAAUACGAAUUACUGCGUCUCGCGCUGUCCUCUCCGUUGCAUAAAUGGGGCAUGCUUUGAGGAUGGUGACUGUCCCUGCUCCGCGUACUAUCAAACCUCAUUCGAGAAGGAAGCACUGGUAUGCGCUGCCGAAUGUUUGCCUGGCUGCCAGAGCGCCGGUGGUUUUUGUGCAGCGCCUGAUCUUUGUCUCUGUAGCCGCGAGGGCUAUUAUUUCGAUGCGGUGGCGCGUCGUUGCCGCAAAUACCACCUUUUCAGCGAUCGUUGUUUCGGGCGUUGUUUGUACGGAAAAUGUACAGCGAACGGGGAAUGCAUUUGUGCGCAGGGAUAUGCGGUUCAGGAGACGGUAUUCGGUCAGCUGUGUGCACCCGUGUGUAAACAAGACUGCGGCAAAUAUGGCUUUUGUUAUCUGCCGAAUAUGUGCGCCUGCCGAAAGAAAGACUAUCACUACGAAUAUGACGGCAAGUGCCAUGCGGACUACAUCCAUCUGGAGCAAUGA